UGAGAUCAAAUGUUCUGCCGAGCAGACGCCACGGUCUGCCAAAUAGAGCCCCGCGUCCCCCGCCCGCAACCAGCGGAUCGAUUCCACCAGCACUCAUCGUUCCCCGCCUCCCUCUCCCUCCUAUCCCAUCCUCGCCGUCGCCGGGGUUGCUCUCCUCCCUCGAGCAGCAUCGACGGUGCGGGAUGCAGCGGACUCGGCCUGCAUCGGCGUUGCCGGUGUCCCUCUCCGCUGUCGAGCAGCGGCGGCAGUGCGGGACACAGCGGCUCGGCCGCAGUGAUGGAUUUCUCCGACGUGGCCGGCGGGCGCUCGCCUCGCUGCCCACGUCGUCCUCCUACUCCUCCUCAGUGGCACUCGUCAGUUCGGUGUGGAGCCAGCGGGCGCCGAGGGCAUGCGGACGGAGGUGGCGCAGAUCCGGGCGGUAACAACGACGGGCGCCCCACAUCCCCUUCACGUGCCGCUGCCCAAUCCUCCUCUGCCUCCAUGGCCUGCAGCAAGGGAUCCCAAUCAUAUCCGUGGGUCAUCGCAUGGUCCACCGUCGUUGUUCCCUUGCUGCCGCAGUGUGCCGGCAGCGAAGCUGAAGGCCCCGGUGCGGGAGGAAGCAGGUGGGUGCUCGGCGACAUCGGCAACAUCGUCCCUGCCGACGUCCUCGAGGGCAAUAUCCAGCUACCGACGGGGAUCACUCCAAUCACCAGGAGCUUCAGCGCUGAGCUCUGAAGAAGGCCUAGGCCGAUCCAUCCAAGGUGCGGACGCUCUGCGGUAUACACCACCAACUCUCUUGUCUGUUGGAAUUCGUGGCCUGUCACUCCUGUCGUCACAGUGUAGCCAAGUGAUCAAUUAUCCUGAAAUCUUUGCCCUAUUGUACAAACCGUUCAAGCAGUCACAGAAGCCUCUUUAUAAAUUACAUUAAUCCCUAACGUUUGAUCAAGAAAAAUUGAUACUGUUGGUGUCCAUCUACCAGCACUGCUCAUGACCAUAUCAUGCAAAUACAGGAGCGAGGGGAACCAACAGGGGUGGUGUCCUGUGUGCAUCUCCUACAGCGUCCUGAAUCCCUGCAGUACACCAGCUUUGCGCUCUACCUAUAAGCUACAUGUGCUUUCAAAUUCGAUCUCCUGUGUGGCUUAAGACUUUGAAAUAAAUUUUUAUUAGAUAAAUCUCCAGUAGUUUUAGUUAUGCUAUCUAUACAAUUAGUAAUUAUUUAGGUGAUAAUUCCGAACAAUGUUAGUGCUAGAGACUUAUACAUUAUUUUCAACUAGCAGUUUCAGUUCUCCCUUCGCCAAUUGAUACAAAUAAUCUAUGAAUUAUCAACUAUUAGGCUAACUAUGCACAUAUUAGAUUCUUUGUUUCAGCUGUCUCCUGCUGCACUGAUAUAUAUUUACGUUUCAGAUUAUGUAGUCUUCUGCAGGUUAUCAGAUAAACUCUUCCAGAGAUUGAGAUCUAAUCACAACUGCUUUGAGUCCUUUACCUUUUAUUUUGCAAAAUGCAAUCAGAAGUAGUUGUCAUAUCUAAUGUUAAUGAAUAGAUUCUCAGAAAAGGAAAUUAAUUGGAAUGAUCUACUCAGCAUGUCCCAUGACUUCAAAAGGAAGAAUUUGACUAAAUUGAGAUGUUGAUCUGCAGUGUAAAGAUAGACAAAAUCAAAGACUGGCCUAUUGAAAUUUUACUAAUUGGAAUGAUUUUUUUUCUAAUUUAUGUGCAUAUUAUGCAUACAAUGAUGAGCUGUUCUGUUAGGAUAAUUUGAAUUAGGGAGCCUUACUAAAUAAUGUAUAAAAAUGGUACUGAAGGAGGCUAUGCAACUAGCAAUGUACUCUGUUUAUAAUCUGACUGAUAUUUCUUAAAAGAUGUCUGGCUGUUGUGUUCUCUCAGACAAUAUAAAGCAUGGUUCUAUAUGCUCUGCUAAAUUUGCAACUUUCAAUGCUUUGUGGGGCCUUUCCCAUCAACUAUAAGGAUUUUACCUAAAGGUUCUUCUCUGAUUUUUGUGUGUGUGUGACUCUAGCUAUUUUACUUACUGGACGUCUAUAUCAUGCAUGUUUAGGGCCUUGUCUCUAUAUUUUUCAUGUGAAUCGCAGAGUAAUAUGUGAAUAACAUUUGCACUGGUGUAAGCUUGCACGUUUGCUACAGCAGGGUAGAGUUAGUGUAGCAUCAUUAGUUUCUUUUUUGAUAUACUAACAAGUUACCCUGUGCGAAUUCUCAACUGUUUGGAGCCCUGUUGGCGCGCAAGAUUACGAGGAGCGCCCUGUGCAAUUCCUCGACUAUUUGACACAGCGAGCGUCAAACGGGAGGGCUCCCAGGGGAGAGACACGGCGGCCAGGGGCAUCUCCUUUGUUUAUCCGCCGCUUCCCUUCAUCACCGGUGAAUAGCAAUCACGGCACGGCAUCAUUCACUUGCCUACCAUAGAUUGACCGCUGAUGCGGGCGCUCCGCUCCACUAUUCCAUCUCAUGCUGUAUAUUUCCUCUCUUUAUAUCCAGAUAAAGUAUAGCAUGUAAAUAUGUCUAAAUUCAGAAAUAACGGUUUCCCUUCUAUCUUCACUUAUACUGUUUUGGUUAGUAAAAAUGUAACUAAAUUCAGCGGAUGGUGUUAUUUGAAGCCAGAUUAUAGGAUUAUUCCUCUGGUGUUAUUAAUGUAUUUGGAUUAAAGUUA